AAUUUUUUUUUGUGGUGGCCAUUUGAAUAUUAUUUUUUUUUUGUUUCAAAUUUUAAUCAAUCAAAAAUGGUCAUAUCAUCAACAACAAUAUCAACAUCAUCCGCAUCUGUAUCAUCACCUGGACAAUUUAUACCUUGUACAACAACAACAACGGUAACAAGUACAACAACAUCAUCAUCAUCAACUUUAACUGGAAAUAUAUCUACAUCCGUAACAACGAUCGGUGGUGUUAGCGGUGGUGGAACUUCUGGAAAUUGUUCCGAUGUUGUUGUUGAUGUUGUAUUUGUAAUUGAAGCAACAGCACAUAUCAGUCCAUAUGUAGAAAGUUUAAAAACUAAUUAUAUUAUUCCAACUAUUGAAUAUUUCAAUGGAAUCAAUGGUGGUUGUAAUGAUGAUCGUUUUGGUGAUUUUGGUGGCCAUUUAAAUUAUUCAUCAUCAACUUUAUACGGUUUGGUUACAUUCAUGUCGAUGGAUUGUCGACCUGAUUCGGCAUCAUUUUGUUAUGCACCUACUUCGAAUUCAAAUACAUUUUUACAAUAUUUAGAAAAAAUACAAUUUAUUGGCGGUGCUGGUGAUUCAUCCAGUCAUAUUGCUGAAGGUCUUUGUACGGCAAUCAGUUUAUUUGAUGAUUGUCAAAAUCUUCGUGAUAAAUGUUUGAAAGAACAAUUUAAAUAUGAUUCAAAUGGUGGUGGUGGUGGUGGUGUUGAUGGUGGCCAACAAUCACCGGCACCAGUGAAUAGUAAAAAAUAUCUAAUUCUUAUUUGUAAUUCAACACCAUACAUGGAACCUGUAUAUGAAAGUCCUGUUUAUUGUGGCUAUACUAUUGAUGAAUUAAUGAAUAUUAUGAUCGAAAAGGGUAUUCAUUUUAGUGUAUUUUCACCACGUAAAAUGAAAUUUUUAUAUAAAUUAUUUGAAAAUGGUGGUGGAAAAUUAUCUACAGCAUUGACAAAAAAUUAUGCUAAAGAUCGACGGCAUUUAGUUCUAUUGAAUGGAUUUCAAUUGCAAGAAAAAGAUAUUAGUCCCAUGUCACAACCACUACCAAGUCAGCCGGCAGUAAUUGAACAGCAACAACAACAAGAUAAAUGUCAACCGCAACAACAAAUUUCACAAGGAAUUAAACGACCAUUAUCUCCAUCAACUCAUCAACCAGUUUCAGCAUCACAGCCUCCUCAUUCAGCACUUCUAGGUCCACAACAAUCACAACCAUCAAUGUUAACGAAUCCAAAUCAAUUAAUGUCUCUCAAUCGUCCCCAAAUAGAACAACAAAAUGUACAACAACAACAAUCAAAUAAUUUAGUCCAACAAUUUGGACAACAACAACAACCUCAACAGCAACCGCAGCAACAACAGCAACUUGGAAUUCGACAAGUUGGAUCACCAUCGAUUGGUCAUUGGAAUAAUGGUGCGGCCAAACAGGUACCAUCACCUGUAUCACAAAUGUCGGUUCGAACGCAAUUACCGCAAUCAGUACGACAACGUGUACCAACUCCCCAACCAACAACUGCUAAUCAAAUUUCGAUGAAUCAACAGCAACAAACUUCUCAACAAACACAAUUACCUGGACUAGUUCCACAACAACAUCAAAAUGUACGACCAAUGAAUGUUCAACAACAGCAACAAUCACAGACAAUGGUUAGACCUGUUUCAAAUAAUGGUAAUAUGCGUCCACAGCCAUCACCAUUUUCACAGGCUGUACCAUCACCAUCACAGCCACAACAAUCACCAAUGAUGAGAGGAACGGCAGUUAUGUCACCAAUGAAUCCGGUACAAUCACCAAUGUCACAAUCACAACCUUCUCAACAACAACAAUUCAUUCAGCAACAAUCUCAAAUGAAUCAAAUGUCUCAUCUUCAUCCGCAACAACAACAACAACAGCAACCUGGACAACAACAAAUGCAGCAGCAACAACAACAACAACAAGUUACAAUGAAUACGGCCGUAUCACAAGGACAAAUGAUGAACAUUCCCGGUACAAUGUCAACAAUGAUGAGUCAAAAUCAUCAACGUACACGUAUUUGGAAUGGUGUGAUCGAAUAUACGGAUAAGGCACAAUCGUUAGCUAAUCCACAAUCAAAAAUUAGCUAUCCAUUAGAAUGUCAAAUUACUUAUCAGCCAAAUAAUAAUGAACCGGAAUUCAAAGCAGAUAAAUGGCCUGAAAAAUUGAUUUUAUGUACAGUGCCAAAAACAUUAAUGAAUCGUUUGUCGCCAAUAUUUAAAAAUAAUUCCUAUCAGGUUCAUUUUCAUUUUCCAAAUGAAUCACAAGGUUUACAAUUACUUUGUAAAGCUAUGGGUUCGAUGGUUGGUUGUAUACAAUUGACAACUCCAGCUAACAUACGUAUAAUUAUCGUAUUCUAUUUGCCUGAUAAAAAAUUAUUCCUUGGUUUUAUUCCGCAUGAUCAAGAGGAAUUUAUGAAUUCAAUGAAACAAUUAGUCGAAACACAUAAAAAAGAACAAAAUGUUAAACAAAAAAUGAUAAUGCAAAUGCAACAACAGCAUCAACAACAACAAAAUUCCAAUAAUAGUGGCGGUGGACCAUCAACAUUAAUGUCAAAUCAACAAAUUCAACAACCAUCAAAUCAACAGCUUGUUCAUCAGAUGAAUACCGGACCGAAUGGUAAUCAAAUCGUACAGAUUAUCCAUCAACAAGGUCAACAUCAUCAACAGCAUGUUGGUCAACAGCAACAACAACAACAACAACCAACCACAAUGAUUCAAACCGGAAAUAAUUCAAACAAUCAAAUGUUUCAGGUACAAAUACCUUCAAUGAAUAAUAAUCAAUUGCAGCAACAACAACAGCAACCACAACAACAACAAAUGACAUCAAUGGCAUCAAAUAUAUUACCAUCGAAUGUACAGAUGAUGAAUACACAAUCAACAAUGGCUAAUGUUAAUAAAAAUUUUCAGAUGGCCAAUCCAAACGUAACAAUGGUUACUACUAGUACCGGUUGUAUACCCGUUUCGAUUAAUUCAUUCGUACAAGUUCAAUCGGGACCAUCAAACAUUCAACAAGCACAACAACAACAACAACAACAAUUUCAAAUAAAUCAACAACAACAACAAUCAAAUCCUAUGAAUACUGGAACAGCUACAAUGGUUACCAUACAACAACAACCUAAUAACAACAAUAAUAAUCAAAAUAUUCAACAGGCUAUCCAACAACAACAACAAUCACAGAAUGUAGCCGGUGUACGUCAUCAUCUUCAACAACAAAUACAACAAAAACAACAGCAGCAUAUUCAAUUACAACAAUUACAGCAUCAAGCUGGAAAUAUCAAUCUUCAACAACAGCAACAACAUAUGAAUAAUAAUAAUAAUAAUGUACCAGUUUCAGCUGUUGCAACACCAGCAACUCAAACACAAUUACGUUAUCUUCUUCAACAGCAGCAUCAACAACAACAACAACAAAUGCGUACAAUGAAUCCGGCUACACAACAACGAUUAAAUAUACAAACACAACAAAAUCUUCAACCGCAACAACAACAACAGAUUAUGCUCCAACAACAACAAUUACGAUUUCAACAGCAGCAGCAACAACAACAAACGAUUCCACAAAAUUCUAUACAAAUCCAAAAUCAACAGGUUGUUCCACAACAACAACAGCAGCAAACUAAUUCUCAACAACAACGACAAGCUGGAAAUUAUUUUGGUGAUCAACUUUAUUGAUCUUAUUAUUAGAAUAUUUUUUUUGUUAAUUACGAUAUAAUUAAUAUUAUGACAAAAUAAAUUUUUUAUCAUUUAUGAUUCUUAAA